UAUCUGGACCUGUGUUUUGCUUAUGCUCCGAUAAAAUUUCAGGAGGUCGCGCUAAUCAAAUCCUUUCAUCUCAUCUUUCAUUCCAUCUUCCACCUUCGCCAAAGUUUUCAAAAUGGCACCUGUGGGCAAACUCUACUGUGUUCCUACUAUGCGCCAGACCAAGACGAUCAGGAGCGUCUGCGCACUAGCAGGUCUUGAGCUGGAGAUCCCCGAGUACAAGCACUUUUCGGACAAUCAGAAGCCAGAGUUUCUUGCAAAGUUCCCUCAUGGAAAGAUCCCCGCUUUUGAGGGCGCAAACGGCUUCAACCUCACGGAGGGUGCCCCGAUCGCGCGGUAUCUUGCCGGCCUUGCUCCCAACUCUGGCCUUCUCGGCUCAACACCAGAGGACGCUGCAGCCAUCGAUCAAUGGGUUCACUUUUCCGAAUCAGAACUUUCUAUGCAGACCGAUUUUAUCACAGGGAUGCUCAACAACUACAUCCCCUACAGCAAAGGCAUCCACACCGGCCUCGCUGAGUUCCAAUUGCGCGGCCUCAACACCCUCGAAGCCCAUCUGAGCACCCGUACCUUCCUCGUUGGCGACCGCAUCACUCUUGCUGAUAUCACUACCGCCUCUGUUCUCCAGCGCGUUGUUUCCGUCAACGUAGACGCUGCUGUGCGCGCCAACCUCAUCAACACUGUUCGCUUCUUGGAGACUAUUGUACAUCAGCCCAAACUCGAGGAUAUCUUUGGUCCUACUCAGUACACCGAGAAGGCGUUGCAAUACGUCCCUCCCAAAAAGGAGAAGGCGCCCGCACCCCCUGCCGCACCAAAAGAGAAGAAGGAGAAGCCGAAGCAAGUUGCUAAGGACGAUGAUGAGGAAGAUGAUGGCAACCUUGUGCCUGAGGAGCCCAAGGAGAAGAAUCCCUUGGAACUGCUCCCAAAGAGCACGUUUAACCUCGAGGACUGGAAACGGGCUUACAGCAACAAAGAUACGCGCGGCGCUGAUGGUUCGUUGGAGUGGUUCUACGCCAACUUCGACAAGGAGGGUUUCUCCGUCUGGCGCGUAGACUUCAAAUACAAUGAAGAACUCACGCAAGUUUUCAUGUCCUCCAACCAGAUCGGUGGCUUCUUCAACCGCCUUGAGGCAUCGCGCAAAUACCUCUUUGGAUCGGUGGGCGUGCUUGGCGAAGCCAACGCCUCUAUUAUCACUGGUGUGCUCAUCCUGCGGGGCCAAGAGUCAAAGGCAGCAGUAGACUGUGCACCGGACUUUGAGAGUUACAACUACACCAAACUAGAUGUGUUUGAUAACCAGGAGGACAAAGCCUUCUUCGAGGGCGCACUUGCAUGGGAUCUGGAGGUCGAUGGCAAGAAAUGGGCAGAUGGAAAGAACUUCAAGUAAAAAGUACGUCCUGAUAGGCCGGGAAGCGUGGGACUUUUGGGAAGCUGCAGUAUCAAUUUCUUGUAUCAUCGUGUCACUUAUAUGUAGAUCUUUAACGAACUGUUGACCUACGUUUGUGGAAGAGCACACAUACUGUCCAGCGUCACGCUUAGUCCAAAGUUAAGCAUCAACUAUUGGUACCGCGCAAUCACAUUAGCCGAUUUCGCAGUCCGCUCGGCAUUUCGAGGGCACCUUCAUGGCCUCACUGGCAGUUCUUGUCCUCAUAGUUCCAGACAAAGUGUAUUUGAUGAUGCACUGCCACGAGAUGUGAGGUAUCCUAAAGCGGUGCCGGCGGAUGUCCACCUCGAGCUUCGAUCAAACAUAGCCAAGAAUCUACAAAGUCCCUUGUAGAAGCAAGAACUUGGGUCUAUCCGUUCUGAUUCCGCAGUAUAAUUGAACUUUG